GCGUGUGUGUGUGACUGUGGGACAGAGGGGGGACACCACACCGGCAGGAAAACAAAGACCACAAGACCACAUCUUCAUCCUCAUCCUCAUCUUCAUCUCUGCACUGAAGCAACAAAAGAUCCAGUGGCAGCAUCAGUCCAGGAAGAAACCUGCAUCUCCAGGAUCAACACACACAAAGGAAACAGAGUGUGGAUAAUAAUACAGGAGAUACAUAACCGUGUGUGUGUGUGUGUGUGUGUGUGUGGAACCCAUCAUCACUGUCUUUAUCCUUGGGCAGUCUGAUUCUCUGUCUCUGCAUGGAGCGACUUUAGUCCUACAGCAAGAAGUGAACACACACCCCCAGCCUAUAGGAUGAAAAUGGAAAACCCCGCGUGACCUUCCGUCCCGGCGCCACGCCGGCUCGUACGGGCAUGUCGACUCCAGAAGCUGAGCGACCCCCCGCAAAACCUGAGCUCAAACAGAAACCCCCAGUCCCCUCGAAACCUGGGACAAGCCCCUCCCACCAGGCGUCCCCCAUGGAGAAGGACGCGUUAAAUAAAAACUGUGGGAAAGUCCAUGAGAUCGUCAACAAGUUUAACCAUCAUGAUCCUCAGCCUUUUGCUGCAGCUCCAGCUCCUGUAACUGUUCGUAAAAAGAAAUCCAAACGUGCACCUCCGGUCCGACCCAAACCUGAAGUCCUGAGUGUUCCUCUUAAGGUCAAGGCUGUGCAACCGCCUCCGCUGCCCCUGAAACGACGUCAGUCACAGAGGAAGGAAGCAGACCAGAACUCAUAUGACCUCAUAGAUGGCCGACGAUCAGCUCCUGAUGGUAAAGAGUUCGAGCAGCACAGUGUGAGGUCGAGGCCGGAUCAGGAACCGCACUGUGAGAAGAACUGUACUUGUAUUUGUCACAUGCAGCGUCCUGGCAUGAAGCUGGUGUGGGUGGAGAUAACUGAGGAAGAUGAAGAGGAGCGCAAACAGACAGAAGAAAACAUGGACAAUCAGGAAGAGAGCGAGAGCGACGAAGAAGCUGAAUUAGAUCUGUAUCAGAGCGCGUCCUCGGAAUCCGAUUCCAGCUUGAACGAACCCCAGGACAUGAAUAAAAGCAGGUUUCAGGAGACUCUGAAUAUUAUAGAGCAACAGCUGAGGAGGAAAUCCGACCCCGGUCCCCAAGCUGUGCUUCACUCCAUCAGGUCUUUGCCUCUGGAUCUUCCACAGCUCAACAAGACCCAGUCUGCGUCGGAGGAGGAGUCUAUUUAUGAAGCCACGAUCAAUUUAAUCGUUCCCCCCCCAAAAAUGAUCCAGAAAACUUCUGCAGUGCCUGAAAUCCACGUGGACGAUUCUCCUCCCGCCCUUCCUCCCCGCGUGCCUCUGGAUAAAAGCAGAGCCCGAUGCCUUCCCAGAAGAAGUGUGUUAUCUCCACUGCCAGGACUUCCCCAAAUCCAAAUCCCACCCUGUGUAGACCGCGGUUCUGGUGAACACGUGCAGCCUGUUCGUCCCCCGCCGCCGCCUCCUCCGGCCAGAGCCACAGACAGACGUCUGAGCAACUUCUCUCAGACGUCUACAGGUGAGGAUGAUCAAAGCAACGGUGGAGAUGCUGAAAACAAGGAGCAAAGACGUCCCUUUGGCCUCACCCGACAGAAGUCCGUCGAUAUGGAGGCUCAACUGCCGGAAGAGGUUCUGUACCAGACUUACACUGAAACCUACAUAACGAGGGAGAUCCGUCGGCAGACGGUGUGUCGUAGUAUCAGUAAGACGAGCGCCGAUUACGCGAUGGAUCUCGGACCCCCGCGGAUCAGCGCCGGCUCGAGUUCAGGUGCCGAAAGUGUGAGAAGCAGUCCCAUCUCCUUCCAGAGGACGCUGUGGCAGGACCAGCCUGCGGUCCAGGAGAGUGGCAUCCUGGACACCAUCACGCCAGAGGAGUGCAAGUACCAGGAGAGCAUGUUCGAGGUUUUGACAUCCGAAGUGUCCUACUUGCGUUCCCUGCGCGUCCUGACCGACCACUUCAUGGAGUCACGAGAACUCAAUGACAACAUUAUUAACCGGGACAGAAAGACUCUCUUCUCCAACAUCCUGCGCAUCCGAGAAGUCAGCGAGAAGUUCCUUAAGGACCUGGAGGACCGACUGGAUGAAAAUUUACUCCUUACAGACAUCUGUGAUAUCGUUAAUUACCACGCGCAGCACAACUUCCCCGCGUACAUCGACUACGUUCGGAACCAGGUUUACCAGGAGAAGACCUUCAGCACGCUUAUGCAGAGUAACGUGGGCUUUGCGACGGCGAUUGCACAUCUGCAGGAGUCUCCAAAAUGCCAGCGUCUGCCCUUUUCGUCCUUCCUGCUGCUGCCCUUCCAGCGUAUCACGCGCAUCAAGAUUCUUACUGAGAACAUCCUGAAGAGAACCGCAGUGGGAACCAAACAAGAAGAGAUGGCCUCCAAAGCCCUAGCUGCUGUGUCCAAGAUUAUAGAGGAGUGUAACACUCAGGUUGGAAAGAUGAAACAGAUGGAGGAGCUCAUAGAGAUCAACAAGAUGCUGGAGUUUGACAGGCUAAAGGCCGUGCCCAUAAUCUCACAGACCCGUUUCCUGGAGAAGCGAGGAGAGUUGCAGGAGAUGGCCAAAAGUGGAACCCUGUUUUAUACCAGACCCAAGUUGACGCCCGUCUACCUCUUCCUCUUUAAUGACCUGCUCGUCUUAGCCACCAGGAAAGGCGCUGAGCGCUACGUGGUGAUUGACCACGCCCACCGCUCCCUGGUGCAGGCUCACGCUAUGGGAGAGCAGGCGAUCGGAGUGAAUCUGGAGCACUGCUUCUGUCUGACGCUGCUGGAGAACCAUCAGGGACGCAUGAUGGAGAGGAUCUUUAAAGCACCGAGCGAGUCUGAUAUGCACAGAUGGCUGGCGGCGUUCCCCAACACUGAGGAUCCCAACCGAGAGCAAGACGAUGUCAUAUAUGAGGACUGGGACUGUCCUCAGGUGCAGUGUGUAGAGCAGUACAUAGCAACGCAGGCUGACGAGUUAAAUCUGGAGCCCCCAGAGAUCAUCAACGUCAUUCGCAAAACCAACGAAGGAUGGUAUGAGGGAACUCGUCUGUCCGAUGGUCAGAAAGGCUGGUUCCCCGUGAAGAACGUUCUGGAGAUCACCAGCGAGCACAUGCGACGGCGGAACUUGCGAGAACGUUACCGCGUCAUGCAGGCGGCCUGCGCCAUUAUCAAGCCCCGGACCAGCUCAUGACCCCGCACAAACACGCACAUACAUACAGACAUUUUCUUUUUUACUGGACAAAUAGAAGAGUUGGAAUAAGCAUUCAUUAUCAAGUUUUGAUACUUUUUUUGUUUGUUUUAAUCGUCACACUGCUGUACAGAGAUCGUCACGCUGAUCGUCACACUGCCGACUGCAGGUUCUGUCUUAUUAAAACUUGCUCCUUUUA